GGUAGCGGAUUUAUCAUCUCUCUCCCACGAAUAUUUACCAUAGAUUUAGGCGGCUUCCGCCACAUUGGAGUGUUGCAGACUGGCUUUGCUCCCUUUCUUUCCUCCGCCAUUAUUCAUAUAAUCCAUGCUCGUCACCCCUUUCAUCUUUCUCUCAUUAAUCUAACCUACAUAUAAUCGACUCUAUUCUAUAUUCUCUAUCUUUCUGGAUUUCUGGCUGUGAGCGUAGAGAAAAAUUGAAACCCCGACGAAAUUCAACAUCGAAUGGCUCAGAAUGGGCAGGUAAUGGACCCUACCCUUCUUGACGACAUAAUCAAUAGGUUAUUGGACCUUCGCCAAGCCAGGACUGCACGCCAGGUCCAACUAUCCGAAGCCGAGAUCCGUCAGUUAUGCACCGUUUCUAGAGAAAUCUUUCUUCAACAGCCCAACCUAUUGGAGCUCGAAGCUCCGAUAAAGAUCUGCGGUGACAUUCAUGGACAAUAUGGUGAUCUUCUGAGGUUGUUUGAAUAUGGAGGUUUUCCUCCUGAAGCCAAUUACUUGUUCUUGGGGGAUUAUGUUGACCGCUGCAAGCAAAGCCUGGAGACGAUAUGCCUUAUGCUUGCAUACAAAAUCAAAUAUCCCGAGAAUUUCUUUCUUUUGAGGGGUAAUCACGAAUGUGCUUCAAUCAACAGGAUAUAUGGGUUUUACGAUGAAUGUAAACGUAGAUUCAAUGUGAGACUUUGGAAGGUCUUCACAGAAUGUUUCAACUGUCUACCUGUAUCUGCUCUUAUUGAUGACAAAAUAUUAUGUAUGCAUGGUGGCCUUUCACCCGAUCUAACAGACUUAGAUCAAAUAAGGAACUUACCCCGUCCAACAGAUGUCCCUGAUUCAGGCUUACUUUGUGACCUAUUAUGGUCUGAUCCAAGUAGAGAUGUGAAAGGCUGGGGAAUGAAUGAUAGAGGAGUCUCCUACACGGUCGGUGCUGAUAAGGUAGCAGAAUUCUUGAUGCAACAUGAUAUGGAUCUUGUUUGCCGUGCUCAUCAGGUUGUGGAGGACGGUUAUGAAUUCUUUGCGGACAGGCAGCUAGUUACAAUAUUCUCUGCUCCCAACUAUUGUGGUGAAUUUGAUAAUGCGGGUGCAUUGAUGAGUGUCGAUGAGAGCUUAAUGUGUUCUUUCCAAAUUCUGAAGCCAGCUGACAAAAAACCAAGAUUUUUAUGAUUCAGAUUAUCUUCUUGUUGUUGUUGCUGCUGCAGUAGAAUUAUUGGGGAGAUGGAGGCGGUUUUCAACCAUAUUUGGAGGAAGUUCUGGUAAGCAGUUGGUCCAUUCGACAAGUGUUGUUUUACUUAGGUUUGUGACGGAUUGGUUGCAUGCAUGGGCCACAAAUGGUGGAAAUUAAUAUUGGUGUUGUAUUUAUUUUUUCAUCCUCUUGGGAGCAACUCCGCCUUCAUAUCGGAUGCGUAUGCAUUAUGUUUUUUUUUUUUUUUCCAAAAAGGGAAGAAUGUAAGGUAUAUUUGCUUUAUAGUUUAUUAUAGAGCAGGGUGUUUGUUAUUAGAACUGGCAAUGAACUUAUGAUGGAGGAGGAAAUGAUGAGAUUUAAUUUUGAUA